AUGGCAGAACACGCACAUAUUGAAAGGCAAAGUUUGCUGGCAGACGAAAAUCUUGAAGACAAAGACCAGGGCAGCGGUGGAGUGACUCCCACUGAUCAGGUACCUCACCCUUUCAAAAGAUGGUACGAUAGCUUCCGUCCAAAAAAACAUGACAUUCCAACCCAGCGGCGGUAUGUGGAAGGUUGGUCGGAUUCUUCGUCUCAUGGAUCACACCAUCGACGUUCUAGCGUGUCAGACUCGUCGCAAUUCGGCGCUGUAUUGACAGCCUCUACAAGCGUCGCAAGUCAGAGCAUGCUGCAGUCGGGAACAAGCAUACCCGGAAGAACAGCUGCGAGUGUGUUCUCAGAGUCGGGUAACUCCGGUGAUUCGCCGGACCCAAGCUCGAGUCAUCAUCUAGAUGAGGCUACGGACACUCGCGCGACUAGAAGGCGUCAUAUACUCAGGGAGCUUGUCACAACCGAAUGUGAUUAUGUGUUGGGUCUGAAGGCUCUCACUGGUAUUCUGACUAUAUUCAACAUUCGACGCAAGAUAUCCGACAAUGUCCAGGAAAUACUCCAUAUACACGAACAGUUCUUGGCCAAGCUUCAAGCGGCAUCCCCGAUGUCAGCACUUCAUGCUCAGCGGGCAAGCGAUUUGGAGUUCACAUCCAAGGGCAUCUCAAAGCGUCUGAGUACGAACUUGGGCAGCUUGAGAGGAUUUCAACAGCGGUCGUUGAGAAGCCGAACAAUGAAAGCAUCCAUCAACCAGCGCCUCAAGACACUUACGGCAGACCCAACGGAGGCACUAGACGUCGCACGAAACAUAGAGGAGCUGUCACGUUCGUUUUCUGCAUAUGAGGAAUACUGCGCCAAUUAUGAGCUCUUUUCACACGAUGUUGCUCUUUUGCGCCGGAAACCUGCCGAGUGGACAAUAUACGAUCGAGGCAUUGAGGCAAUGGCUAAAUCGGUUGCAUCCACAGAACGACGGAGACACGACGAUAGCAAAUCAAUGACCUUGAAUGACUUGCUGAUCAAGGUUGGAAAAAAACUUGCUUCUGGCGAUUGGUUCAAUUGCUUACAGGACUACAGCCUAUUCAACGUCUUUGUAAAUACCCGCUCAUGCUGCAGGAUUUACUCAGAGCGACCCCCUGUUAGUGACUGUCCGUCUGCCCAUGAUGAAAUCCAACAAUUUUUGGAAAGCACAAGAAGGGUGGUAGCACACGUGAACGUGGCGACGGGAAAUCCAGUUUACAAAGACCGUAUCUCGAAGACUAUGAUUCUUCAGCAAAAGGUCGAUGUUUCAAAAUCAUUCAAGAAUCACUCCCUUCAAAACAUUUACCAAGAACUAGGCGUAAUGACCCUGUGCGGCGUACUUCAUGUUGCCUACCAAGCAAAUACCUACCAAGCAACUGAAACCACAGUAACCGGAGAGUUCAUGGUCUGUGCUCUGUUCAGUCGAUAUCUGCUCUUUGCGAAGGGUGUUGAUGACUUGCGCCGAUUGGAGGCUGUGGCUUGUGUUUGCCUCGAUAAGGUCAAGAUUGAUGCGCUGCAAAAUGGACGAGGGUUGUGCUGUUAUGGGUGUAUGUUCUCGUGGAAGCUCUUGUUCCAGCACCAAGGUGCUAGUUAUGAGUUUGUUCUCAGCGCUUCCUCGGCAGCAGAGGAAAAGCACUGGAACACCGAAAUUCUCAGGGUAUCCGCGGCACUGACCGAAUCAGCUCAGCCUCGGGCUUGGGCACCAGAAACCCAUUCCUUCUCAACGCUGCUGUUAGCGCCUCUGAACCAGAUGCAGUAUCAAGUUUCUUCCUUAGCUCGGCGAUCAUGUGUGGACGCAACGUCAAUCACUUGCAAGUACCAGGCUCGGCAUGUGGUUAUCAAGAAAACACACUACCCGCGUCAUGUCGAAGAGCCAGUAGCCCACGCCGAGGGUGAAAUUGAGCGUCCUAAGACACCUCCCGAGGGCUCCUUGGUAACAUUAGUUGCUCGGCGAAUCGAUCGAAUCCGUUUGGAGCGAUUGAUUACAGACAUCUGGCCGCGUGAUGUUCUCCCAACACCAGGUAUGGUUCUCGGCAGAGGUGAUCUCUUUCGACGUCGCCCACUUAUGGGGGGAUUGAAUAUUUCCACCGCGUUCCAUAGGCGGUCAGCUUCUGUCGGUUUUACACCAAGGAAGCCCUCAGGCGAGGUUCGCUCGGAGCACGAUGGGGAAAACAAGGAGAUCGGACGCAGUAGUUAUGGAUAUGAUGGCAGAGAGGAAAAGGACAUUGAGAUUGAGCCCCGCGUCCCUACCACGCCAGACCGCACAACAACGCACCGGUUCAUGGGUUCGUCUAAGGCGACAUCACCUCACAGCGAGACUGACGGAAGUCCCGACCCAGCCCAGUUUCCGAAGAAAUGGCCAUCUCCCAAGAGUUUGUUUAGUGCCUUGGCACCCAGGAAGCUGAAAAAGCCCCGCUCUCAGACUGAGUGA